UGGGCCUAAGUGAAACAGAGGAUGACGCCUCCACUCAGAUCCACAGAAUAGCUUUUAAGGACUAAAAAGAAAAAAUCAAUUAGCAAAUCAGAUUUGCACAUCAGACAAGAAGAAACUCAUCGCCAUGGGACAAGUCUUCGACAAGCUCCGAGGUAAGCAGUGGAGGCAAAAACAGGUACAGGCGAUAUGUGAUCGGGUUUUCGAUCGGUUCAAGCUUGAAACCGGAAGAGCCAAUCUCUCGUUUGAAGAGCUAUACAUUGCCGUGCUUCUCGUCUACAAUGACAUAAACAAGCGAUUGCCCGGUCCUCAUUUCGAUCCGCCUUCUAAGGAUCUUGUCCGGAGCAUUAUGACGGAGUGUGAUAUGAACUUGGAUGGAGAAAUUGACCGGGAGGAGUUUGUGAAGUUUAUUGAGCUGCUUUCGACCGACACGUUGGCGGUUGUGAGUCAGGGUUUGAUCAUAUCGUUGAUCGUGGCUCCCACCGUGGCUAUUGCUACAAAGAGGGCAACGGAAGGUGUCCCAGGAGUUGGGAAAGUGGUGCAUAAGCUGCCUACUUCAGUGUAUGCUUCUCUUGUGACCCUUGCAGUGGUGUGGGUGAAUUCCUCCGAAUAACUUAGUUGAUGAGGAGUUGCAAAAAGCUUUGCUACAAAAUAAAUGUCAUGUCCUUUUUAGUCUACUAUUUAUUACAAGAACUUGUUCUUUUAUCACGCAAAUAUAGAAUAACGCAAGGGUUGAGUGAAAACAGUUUUAUUAUCCUUUGUAUGUGUUGUGGGUCUUGGUUUCCCUUUGUAUAUCCCUGUCCUCUCUUUCAAAGUCCAAAGAAAAAGAAAAAAAAAACAUGAUUGCUUUA